CCGGAAAACAUGACAAGAUGGCGGAAUGUGAAAACAGCAACGUUGUUGGGCAGCCGUCAGGUUCAGACGCAGAACCUCCAAAGUUACCCGACCUGCUGGACCGUGGGUGGAAGAUAUUUGAAGAGGUUGACACUACGAACGAAGCACUGGGCUCCAACAGCAUCCAGGUGAAAGUGAAACGCGGUAUCGGAAUGUUAGAAGAAGCAUCCAGAAUGGCGGCUCAGCUGGACCUGUUCAGUCGUAACGAGGAGCUGGAGGAGGUCGCCACGGCGGACCUGAAGUACCUGCUGCUGCCCGCUCUUUUAGGAGCUCUGACCAUGAAGCAGACGAACAGAGACAAACGACUAGACAUAGUCCAGACAGCCCGGGCUUAUUUCAUGGACUUCCUCCGGAGGUGUAAAGAGUAUAACGUAUCACGGUUUGAGCUGCCAGCUUCGACCGGUGAAGACACAAGUGGUCCCGACGAAGCCUCAGAAAGUGGACUCUCUGCGGCCAAGUCUGUCCCCCGCCCGUCAGACCUGGUUGCUAUGGCAGCACAGAGACAAGCUAAGAUUGAGCGGUACCGUCAGAAGAAGGAGCUGGAAGCCAGACUGUCGGACGUACGGAGAGCCGUGGACAGCGGACAGGCCGACGAUGAAGUAAGCAGAGACUUUUACCUUCUGAACGUCCGGAGGUGGGUCACCGUGUGUCUGGAGGAAAUAGAGAGCAUCGAUCAGGAGGCGGAGAUACUCAAGAAGAUGGAUGUUCUGAAGCAGAGCGCUGCCACGCCGCCAGCUCAGCCAGUCAGGCCUCCCAUGAAACCAUUCAUCCUCACCAAGGACGCUGUACAGGCUCGGGUUUUUGGGGCUGGUUACCCCAGCCUUCCCACCAUGACAGUAGAUGACUGGUAUGAACAGCACAGGAAGCAUGGAGCCCUGCCUGACCAGGGGAUACCCAGGAGGGUCGCUGUGGACGACGACACUGACGCAAAGGAGAGGGAAGAAGAAGAAAAAGAGAAAAAGGCUGAACAGGAUGAUGAGGAGUCUCUGCUGAAAGCCAGAAACUGGGAUGACUGGAAGGACACUCAUCGCAGAGGCUAUGGAAACCGCCAGAACAUGGGCUAACUGAUCCCCGCACAGUGUGUCUGUCAGACCGACUGUCUUCAUUUCCACUCUGAUCAGUCCAGAAGUGGACGCUCUUCACAGAUCUGAUCCCUAAAGCCGUGGGUAUGAGAAGCAAACACACCACUGCAUCACCUGAGCAGCCUGCUGACUUCACUGAUUGGUUUAUGUGCAGGGAGACGCUUCAGCUGGUUUUUCUUAUGUUAGGUUUAUGUUCUGAGUGGACUGAAUGGAGCCCAGCCAUGAUACCCAUCUCUCUGCUCUGUGGUGUGUAUGUAUUCCCCUAACACUGUCACUGAAGAAUAAAGACUGAUCAAACCAUGUGUACUGUCUAAACACCAACUUCUAUUGUUUGGACUCAGUCAUUAGGACCUUGAGAACCUAAAUGAUCAGCAUUUAAACUGUGCCAACAAAUCAAGCUGGCCUUAUUUUUGAGCAAGCCUGAGUCCUGGGGCCGGUACUACAAAGUUAGUCAGCAUAACCACAACAUCUAGGCCUUAUCUGGCUUCACUGAGCUCGCCAGCUGACAGUCACGCUAAGCACGACGGUGUUUCAGCAGCAUAUGACCAGUCUACUGGCAACAGAGCAGCAUGUUUUACAAACCAAGAGCAAGCUAUAAUAUUAGACACAUACAAAGAGGUUAAACACAUAACCCAGGAUAAAAGCUUGCUAACUUGCUAACCACACAUCCUGCUUCGUGGUACAGGCCUCUGCUAGCUUUCAGUCUUAAUCUGUGAUUCAUAAUGAAGAGAGACGGUCCUGUUAACUUUUGGUCUUUAGCUGGAGAAGGUGGCAAAAUUAUUUAUCACUUAAAAUCACAAGUUCACUCAAUCUCUUAUUUAGAAAUAUUUGUUUGCGUUUGAACGUCUCUGCAGCCGUUUGAUUAAGGUUUCAAAUUCUCCAUUAAUCUUCGCUUUUGCUCUGAGAUAUAAAACUUUCCAGGAUGGUUUAUGAGUCUUACCAGUGUCUCAGAGGAGUCCGAUGGCUUCUGUCUCCAGGCUUACCCCGUCCCAGUGUUGUUGACCUAAUUUGAUUAAUUUGUGCUUUAUCAAUCCUCCAUCCUCAGAUUUGUGGUUCUGGUCUUGUGGAGGGACAGUGUCAAAAUCUAGUAUAAAGUUUUAACUGUUUAGUUUAAAAAUGUUUUUUUUAAGUAACGUGUGUUCUUCACUGUCAGAGAUAACGUGGAAACUAGCACAUAUUCACUUACUAGUGAAUAUUUGGCAUCUUUGCUCAAUGCAAAUGACAACCAGUUAAUCAAAAAAUAUUAGCAAAUUAACUUUCUAUCAAUCAAUUAAUCACGAAGUCUUUUCAUCUCUAGAGUUCUGACUGGUUUCUGGGUGUCUGGGAAAAUAAUAAGUGCCAUAUGUAGUGGGGACCAGCAGGGGGCCCCCACAGGGGGUUAAUCUGGGUCUGCUAAUGAGACGAAGGUGAAAGGGGUCUAAUGUGACCUCUUUCUGUGACCUUAUCCAUGGCAUUAACCAUCUUACAGCGAAUACCUGACAGUUUGGUUUGACUGAAUGAUCAUAGACGUGUAAUAAGAGGACAGAACGUUUAACUGGUCCACAGGAACCAGCUGUUGGUAUCUUAACACUACAGGCAACACUUAAUCCACAUUGUUCCCACAUGCGUGUAAAGUGAGAGGCGUGUUACUGUCUGAGUAAUGUUUGCAAAUGUGUGCUUAUCUAAAGUGUAUGUAAUGUGUUUUUACUGUAAUGUUUGUAAUAUCUGUGUGAUGCAGCACUUCCCAUACCCCCAAAACAGUUUCCUCCCAUGGAAGACAAUAAAGUAACCUGAACAUGAUCCUCAAUUGUAAUGAAUGUAUAUUAAGAUAUUAAGCGUCAGUUCUGUUCUGAGAGGUCCGAGACCCUUGUUCUUAAAGAAACAGCAAACUACACAAAACAUUUUCUGUUACUAAUGGCUGAAAAUAGAUAGAUAGAUAACGUAUUUAUUUAUUUAUUUAUUUUUACUUUUUAUUAUUCUUACAAUUCUUACAAGGACUGCAACCACUUUCGUU